AUGAGUGAUAUAAUACAAAGGAAAUACUUAUAUCAUCUAUCGAUAACAUUAAAUAAGAAAGAUGAACUUUUUAGAUUAUGUUUAUAAAAAAAUAUUCGUUCUCUCAUUUUGUAUUUAACUAUUUGUUUGACCUGUCAAUUAUCCUAAUAAAUAACUAUAUUGAGUUUGCUAAGCUGUGGUUUUUAACUAGUACAAGAGAUAUAUUUAAAUAAUAUUGAGUUGAUUUAGGAAUUUUAGAAAAUUAAGUAAUCACCUGGAAAUAUAGAAUGGUAAUUAUCACAAGAACGAAAUAAAGACAUCAGACCUCCUGUAGUUGUGUUUUAUCCUCUCAACUUUGAAGAUGAAUUUUAUAUGAGCCAUGUUCUGAUUAUUUCUUCUCAGUUCAAAUUAGAAAAUAAUUAAUUUUUGAAUUCUAUCAUUAAGCAUUGUAAAUUCGUAUAUUAUAAUGAUUAAUCACAUAACAUGACAGGAAUAAAUUAAUUUCUAAAUAUUUUGUAAUUAUACGUCAUUCAGUGGUUUAUGAGCAGUGUGGACAAAAAGAAAUCUAAUAAAAUAUAUUAUUUAUGUAAAUAUUUGAGACCAUUGUCAAGUACUGUGACAAAAAGGAUAUCAAGUUAAUAGAGUCAGGAUGGUUGCUAUACUGUCACGUAUUGGGUGUGAUUGGUAUAAUUUGGAGCUUCUUCUUGGAGUCAGAAUUGUUCUACAAAUACUACCUUGUAAAUAAUUCCAUUAAAUUUAGGCCUUCUUAAUCUGGCAUUGCCUUACAGGAUUAGGAAUCACGGGUGGAGCUCACAGAUUAUGGGCGCAUAAAUCCUACAAAGCAUCAUGGCCAAUUAGAGUUUUCUUGAUGUUUAUGAAUUCAAAUUGUUUCUAAGGAAGUAUCUGGCAUUGGAGUAGAGAUCACAGACUUCACCACAAGUUUAGUGUAUGAAACUUAAUAUCAUCAUAGGAUACACCAUUGGAUCCACACAAUUCUUAAUAAGGAUUGUUUUUCUCUCAUUGUGGAUGGUUAUUGAAAAACAAGAGCAAGGAGUUAGUUGAAGAAGGAAUGAAGCUCGAUUUGUCCGAUUUGAAGGCCGAUUCCGUUGUAAUGUUCUAAAAGAGACAUUAUUAUAAAAUGGCUUUCCUUUGGGCUUUCAUCAUCCCUGCUUUGACUGGUUUGAUAAUAAGCGACAAGUGGUUCUUCAGUCUUUUGUUCUUAGGCUUCGGCAAAUACAUCUUCACUUUGAAUGCCACAUGGUAUUGCUCAAUCAUAAAGUUAGGUGUGUUAAUUCAAUCUGCCACUUUUAUGGAAGCAGAAAGUGGAAUCCAAGAAUCGAACCAAGAGACAACAUCUUCGUCUCAUUGAUUACAUUGGGUGAAGGAUGGCAUAACUGGCAUCACGAAUAUCCAAGAGAUUGGAGAGCCUCCAAAAAUGAGUGGUGGAUGAUCAACCCAACAUGCUCAUUUAUUUAGAUGUGUGAAUAUAUUGGAUUAGUAAAUACCAAAAGAGCAAAAUUGGAAGAAAAGGUGAAAUAUGAUUAUUGAUUUAUUAUUCAUUUGAAACACAAAUAAAAUUCUUAAUUUUAA